AAUUUGCUUCGGCACGAGAGAACAGUGUGUAAAUUUAGUCAUUUUGUUAUAGUAAAUAGUUUUUUUUUUAAAUAAAAAGUUGAUAUUAUUCGCAUGCAAUCAACGAUUUGACAAAUGCAUUCAAUGCAAAAAAAAAAGUAAAUUUUUUAAUUAAAAAGUUAAAUAAAUGAGUAUUUGGAAAAAUGUGUAAUUUUGGCCAACGUGAUUGAAGAGCGAGAGAGAGAGAGAGAAAUUUUCUGUUCGAAACGAAAGGGAAGAAGUGAAGUGAAGCAAGCUAAUAAAGCCCAAAAACUACGGAUUAAAUGUCGCAUAGAAUGUUAUGGUGCGAAUCGUUAAUUUACAAUGUCUGAACCGAAACGUGUAACUUUUGAGACAAUACCAUCGGUUAGUUCCAAAAAUUUGGCGGCCGAUGCAUCAAACAGUCAAAAAAUUGAGAAAACCGUGCGACUUGAAAUAAAACUAUUCGAACCAAAUAAAAAUACGUAUCCAGAGUUCAACUUCAAAAAACUGUGUCGAGCUGAAAAGGAAAAAGUAAAGGUUCCACUUCCGAAUGGUUUUGCCGAUCCACUAGAAGAGGCUGAUCAUGAUGCCGAAAAGUUAGCUCUUGAGUUUGAACGCAAAUAUGGAAGUGCGUACGGUGGUGAGAAUCGACCAUCAAAAGGAGGCGCCGAUAAGGGUUACGAUGAAAACAAUGGUUUCAUCGAUGAUUCUGAAGCGUACGAUGAAGUGAUACCUGAUGAAAUGGACACAGAUCGAGGUGGAUUCUACAUUAAUUCGGGUCAAUUACAAUUCAAAAAACUGCCCAGCAAAGCGUCAAAGCGUGCUUUGGCAUCAUACAGUGAAGAUGAAAGUGAUAGCAUGAGCUCUGUUUCAUUGGAAAAUGGUAAUGUCAGUAAAAAGCAGAAACUAUCGGAAAAAGACAAAACACUGAAUAACAAAGAGAAAAAGAAUGAUUUGGUGACAAAACAAGACAAAACAGCGAUCGUAAUCGAAACAAUAAAAAACCAAUCAGUUGGAAAUAAAGAGGUGAAGACGACGUCUGUAAUGCAUAUGCUUCAAGCGAAACGAGAUGCAAAUUUACUGAAGUCAUCUAGUCAUACAAAUAAAGGUUCAAAAUCAACGAGUUCCGCCACAUCAGACGAUUCGUCGAGCAGCGAUUCAGAUUCAAGUGAUUCGAGUUCCGAUGCCGAUCCAAGCCGAAACAGUGACGAUGAUGACUUUGACAAUGUAAAUAAUAAAGGAACCGAAAAUAAAAUUCAAACCAAUGGCAUCAUAACAACGUCCAAUAACAUUCCGCAUGAAGUUGAUCUUAAAUUUUUCGAAAAUCUAACAUCCAACCACCGUGAUUCAAUCAAUAGACUCAUUGACUAUUCAAAGAAUCUGAAGGAAAACUUUUUCCAACCAGAAACACUGGAUUUGCUUUAUGGGAUUGAUAAAGCGCAUCAAAGUGAUUCAAAGUUGCUAAAUCAAAUUUACAAUCAUUUGGAACAAUUUACGUCUUACACUAAGCAACAAUUAAUGAACGAAGUAAAAGAUUAUGCCGUUAAAAAGAGCGAAAAUGAUGUGCGAACACAAGAGCGAUCCUUGCAAAAGGAUAUCACUCAAAUAAUGCCCAGCCUCAAAGAGAAAUACGAUCAAGAUUCUAAAAGAAUCGAUGAGCAGAGAGCAGCUUAUCAUGGCACCGAGAAACCGGAACAAGUAUUUAAAAAUCCGCGCCGAAAAUUUGUAUGGAAUGAACAUUUGAGAACGAAAGUAAACGAAGUUCUGAGAAAAUGGCAAUUCUUAUAUGAACAAAAGCAAAUCAGAGAUCAAACACGUGAACAGUACACAAUGUCAUAUAUUACGGAUAAGCUAGUACCAAUGUGGCCUGAUGGUUGGAUGAAAUCCAAUGACAUCUAUAAUGGUUUCAUGCCAAAAGUGAAGGAGCCAAAAAAGUCAUUAAAUGAUGUGAAAACAACCAAAUUGAUUCAGCCAAUCGCUAAUGCACAAGCAUCUAUACCGCUGUUGGAUAAUCCAAAAGAUGGUGGUUUAGUAGUACAGAAUACAGAGAAGAAGAAAUCUCAGAUGCAGAAGGAUUCAACAAAAUUAAUUAAGAAUACCAACGACAAACCAACAUUACCGAAGACUGAUAAAAAGCACAAUGCUAUCACAGCGGAUCGACCGGCGGUCAGUCCAGCAUCAUUACUAUCAAUGCCAAUCGGCGAUGCAUUUAAUCCAAAAACAGGUUCAAUAAAAAUGCCAUUGGUAGUUGAUAAUGCUAGUUCGAGUGCAACAAUCGCAUUGAAAUCAAAGCAAUCAAUUGCCAGCAGCAAUGGAAAUGCAGUCAAUUAUGGUCGACAUUUGGAUACAAAUGCAUCAUUGGAAUAUGUGUCACCGACAAAAAAGGCUUCAGACCACAGCAUUUCGCAGUUGAUUUUACCAGCACCAUCAUCCAAUCAUUCCUCAUUUGUCCCACCAAUAAAGCUUCAAACACAAACAUUGGCACACACACCGUACGACAAUCCAACAACAUCAUCAUCACUCUCAGUAUCGAAUAAGAGCACACAAGGUUCCAGUUCAAAAGCAUCCAAAUUAUUGGACGGUCAACAACAUCAUCGGCCGCAAUCUUCUUCGAAUGGCGCAAAUAACAAUAAUUUCCUGCACAAUAAUAAUAACAGUAAGCACACCACACCACAACGUCCAAUCGAAAGUGCGGCAUUUAUUGAUUUAUGUGAUACGGAUGAUGGUGAAACGACUGCCAAAAAGCCAAAACAACACAAACACAAGCACAAUAAAAAGAGCAAAGAUAGUGUUGGCAGUAACAAUGUACCUCUGACAAAUACCGUUCACAUGCUGAAUCAAAUGCAUCAUCAGCCGACAUCAAUGUCUAUAAAUCCGGUGGCCGCACUUGGCGAAGAAGUAGAUGCAAAUCAAAUCAUCCACGACUUAAAGGAAUUAUCAGCUUCAAAUAGCUCUCGAAAAACUUAUGAUUCAAUUUUAGAAAAUCAGUCCGAAUUUAAACAACAUUACAACCACUAUAGAGUUGCAUCUCCACCGUACGAUCGAAAACAAGAUCAUUUUUUCUAAAUACGAGAAAACUGCUUUGAUUUUCGUAUUUAAUUAUGAUGAAAGUAUAUUGGCUUGAAGAGGAGAAACGGAAAUAAAAGAAAAUUUGAACAAAUAUACCAUCAAAAUUUUGUACAAAUCAUUUUCAAAAAAAUACAGACACGUAAGAGAUCGUUCUUUAAAGCGAGCUGAUGAGAUACAUUUUUUUUUAGAUAGAGAAGGAAAUGAGCGGCGGCAAUUGUUUUACUCUGAAAAUAGCUUAUUUUCAAAACAAAAUUUAAAAAAACCGCUAUAUUAGGAGAUAUUCGUCUAAUUUACCUUUCUUUAAGUCUUGAAAAGUUUACCCCUCAUUCAAAUGCUCCACGUUAUAGUUUAAUUUUCGUUGUUUUCUAUUUCAUUGUCAUUGUCAAUCACUUAGCUAAUAAUUCAAAAUUAUAUUAAUUAUUUUUUUUCUUCGAGCAAAUCUAGCCAGUGGAAAAAAAGAGCUAGAUGCUUUUUAGUUUCUACGAAUUGUUGAAAAGUGAGCGAAAAAGAGAGAAAAGAACAAACGAAUAUUUGUAUUUAUUAUUUAUGACUCGAUAUGGAAAACGAAGAAUAUUAUUUGUCCAGUCUUAUGUUUGUUCAGAUGUAAAACUAUCGAUGCGAUGAGAAAGAAGAACACAUAUGUAUAUUGUAAGCAAAUGUAAAGAAAUAGAUCUAAUUAAAUGAAAAAUAAAUUAGUAUUUUUA